AGAUAUUUAUCGAAGAGACUAAAAGUAUGACCAAAAGUAUAUAUUUUAUUUAAACUUUAAAAUCAUUGAUUGAGUUGAUUUUGAAAUGUGUAGUGUUUUCGGGUCUUAUUUUGAAAAAUUCCGGAUGUGACGUAAGAUGUGGGAACAGACUCCAUAACGUUUCCCUGUUUGUGGUCCUUUGAUGUCCAGAGGGUUCGUCUGUUGCUCCUCCGGCGUUUGUUUGGCUCCACGCGGUUCGGCGGAAGGAUUUUCGGGUGGGUUCGGGUUCUGCUCGCGCGGCGAGAUGUCAGUUUUGAGCAGCAGAGCCCUGCAGGAGCAGCUGUCCGUCAUCAUGGGGGCGCUGACCAAGGCGGCGGUGGCGGAGAUCUGCGAGCUGGUGGACGAAGGCUACGCGGUGCUGCAGAUGGAGAUCAGCCGCAGCCACAAGGAGAACGAGGACCUGAAGAAGAAGCUGCAGCUCAUAGAGUCCAUCGUGAUCCGCGGGAGCGGCGGGGCGCGCGCGGCUACGGAGGGAAUGGAGCCGUCCGCGGAUAAGGUCCCGCAGCCGGAUGCGUCGCCUCGACAGCGGGAUGGUGACAGAGGAGAAGCCGCUGCCGCCUCCGGAGGUCACGGAGGAGCCUCCGGAGUGGAGCCGGAACAGCUUCCUGAAGUUGUGCUGAUCAAGGACGAAGAUUCUGACAGUAACGACACAGAAGAUGAAGGUGACAGAGCGUCUGCUGAGAGGGGUGCAGCCAGAGGCGGCGCCACAUCGGUCACCGCACAGAGAAGACGCAGCUGCAUGACAGAGAAUUCAGAGAAGCUGUCAGAUCAGAUGGAAAUAAUGUCGUCAGCCCCCGCGGCGCAGGCGAAGCUUCCCGUCUACACUCUGGACCCGCCUCCUGACGGGCCGGGCUGCUCCUCUCAGCUGGUGGAGGGGGUCCCGGUGGACGGCGGCGAGUCCGCCUGUUCGUUCUCAUCUCAGAUGUACUUUGGCAGCAGCGCUCUGAUGGAGGCUCAGUCUCCAUCCAGCCGAGCAGAACUGGACCUGACUGUGGAGUCGGUGUGGCCCAAACGGUCUAAAGGCUCGGUGGGUUUUACCCCGUUUGUACCAAAUGAGAGCGGCGACGCGUUCGGGCUCAAGCUGGUCAGCGUCUCAGGCUCCUCCCCCGUAGACGGACAGCUGUCUGACAGCAGGGGCUCCGUGUUUGAGUGCGACGCUGUGAACUUUGGGCUCUUCGGGGACCAGGCAGGCCUGGCGCAGCUCCCUGCCGGGCAGCCGGGCGCCCACAGAAAGCGCUUCGUCUGCUCCAUCUGCAACAAAACGUACGCCAACACACAGAACCUGGAGGUCCACAUGAGGAUCCACACGGGCGAGCGGCCCUUCUCCUGCAGCCAGUGUGGGAAGAAGUUCACCCAGUCGGCACACCUGAAGUCCCACCUGACGGUUCACUCCGGCGAGCGGCCGUUCACCUGCAAGCUGUGCUCCAAGAGCUUCAUGGUCAAAUACAGCCUGAAGCUGCACAUGAAGAAGUGCCACCCCGGCAGCUGAACCCCCCACCCCCCACGCCAGCAGGUCUUCUCUGAGUGCAUCUAUGAUGACUGUUUUUCAAGUCAUCCGUUAAAAGAUGAGUUUAAGUUACCAGUUUGAGUUCAAGUUAAAAGAGUCAAAGCUUUUGUAAAAAACAAUUCACAAAACAAGAAAUACAUUUUUGUAGUUUUGGUUUAAAUCAAGUUUGUGCAACAGUUUUUUAAGAUUAAAGAUACUAAUAACUAUUUAAAA